AUGGCCCUCAAGCGCAUUAACAAGGAAUUGAUUGAUCUUGGCCGUGAUCCUCCCUCAUCAUGCAGCGCUGGUCCGACGGGCGAUAACAUGUUUCAAUGGCAGGCUACGAUUAUGGGACCCGGUGACUCGCCCUACGCCGGCGGCGUCUUUUUCCUCUCCAUCAGCUUCCCGACCGAUUACCCCUUCAAACCCCCCAAGGUCAGCUUUACGACCAAGAUUUAUCACCCGAACAUCAACGCCAACGGAUCGAUCUGUUUGGACAUUCUGCGAGACCAAUGGUCGCCUGCUCUGACCAUUUCUAAAGUCUUGUUAUCCAUCUGCUCGAUGCUGACGGACCCCAAUCCCGAUGACCCAUUGGUCCCGGAUAUCGCACAUCUCUACAAGACUGAUCGCACCCGUUACGAAGCGACAGCUAGGGAAUGGACGAGGAAGUAUGCCAUGUAG